AUGCAGUCGUGGAAGAAGAGGGGGAGAGUGGUAGCAGCUGUGGUCGUUGAUUUCCUUGGUGCUUAUGAUCUCCCGCAUGAUGGGUUUGAACAGAGGGCAUGUUUUGUUGUAGUAAGCGGCACUGAGCUUGGAUUGUGUCAACACAAGUCAAAAACUAUGGCAAAAGUCAUGGGUGGCAACACUGCUACUCUUCCCAUUAGCGUCUUCUUGCUGACAGUUCUUCUUGGUGGGUUCUGGAGAAGCCUCAUAUACAUUGGUCAGCUCGAUUUCUUCAUUACCCAAUCACCUAAGGGGAUGAAAACUAUGAGCACUGACCUCUUCCUCUCAACUCUCUCGCUAGGUUUCUUUGUUAGUAGCUUCUUAGUAUCGGUAGUGAAGAGGGUGACAGGGAGCAAAGAUGGCCAAGGAGGGCUAGCAAACAACAUCAACUACAGAAGACUUGAUUGUUUCUAUGGGCUUCUAGCCAUAUUAAGCUUCAUUAAUUUCAUAGUAUUUCUGAUUUGUGCAGUGUGGUACAAGCCUCAAAAACCUAAUGAUGGCAUGCAGAUGGAGACUAUGGCUAAUGGGUCAUGCCCUGAGGAGAAGUGCUAG